CAGCUAAUAUACCCAAAGCAGACGAGUACUGCCACUAUUGCCGAACCCCGACAGGUGCCCCUGCGUCGCAAAGAUCUCCCGAGCAUGGUCAGCUCGGUGCAGGGAUGCGUCGGCCCUAAAUGCUUAUUUGCUCCACCGAGAGAAGGCUAAUAUCCUGGCAUCACGUCCGUAUAUCCGCGGAUGAUGGGCAGACCGCUUCAACCGACGAAUGCCGCGUCGACGAGCGCAGAAAGCAGGCCUACACUGAAGGCACUUUUCAGGGUUUUUCUUCUUCCCAGUCCUGCCCCGUCUUGCCGUCUGCUUUGCUUCCUCGGCGACCAGCAACAACACAUGCAUCUCAGUUGAGCUGAUUCUCACCAGACUCGACGAUCAUCAUGUUGAGCCAAACUGCUCUGAGUCUCCUCGCGUGGAGCUCAGUGCUCAGCUUGGGCUCCUCGUACAUCCUCCCUCACGGCGCCGGCAAACAAGUGCUGGACACCCUCAUGAAGCGAGCCACCGACCCGACCGAACUCGACUGGGUCAAGAACGUACUUGUAGUCGGAGACAGCUACACGGCCGCGAUCGGUGCAGGCACGCCCUUGGGAGGUUUUCCGACCAACGACUGGUCGUGCGCGCGUUAUGACCAAGGCUACCCGACUGUACUCAAAGACAAGAUCGGGCCGAGCAUCAAGAAGUUUGUGUACAAGGCAUGCAGCGGAGAUCGUUCUGAGGGCAUCUAUAAGCAAGUCACUGAUGUGACCGAUUCUGACUUCAACCUGGCUCUACUGACGGCUGGUGGAAAUGAUCUGUGUUUGGCUGGCAUGAUCAAAGCCUGUGUUUUGGUGCCAUUUGACGGUGACGCAGUCUGCGACACGGUCAUCAAGAAGGCCGAGGAGAACAUCAAGACCAUUCUUAAGCCCAACAUCAAGUCUAUCCUGCUCAAGCUCAAUGACCGGAUGGCCAAGGACAGCGUAGUGGUAAUGCUUGGCUAUGCGCAGUUCUUCAACACGGACAACGAGGACGUGUGCACCAAGAACCAGGACUGGACACAGGCCAUCCCCUUUAUGAACUUCUGGGGCAAGAAGGGCAUCCCGCUAGACAUUGCCCUCCGCAAGCGCCUCAAUAACCUCGUCAUCGGCAUCAACGACGCGACCAAGGAGGUUAUACGUGAUGUGCGGGACAACGGAAAUGUCAAGUACAAGUUGAAAUACGCCGACUGGGACAAGUGGGCCUAUCAGGUGGUUCGCGGCCAGUACUGUGAUCCCCAGGGCGACGGCACUUACCCCGACGCGAAGCAGCCCGAUCUGCACUUUUUCAAGCCAGACACCAAGAUCCCUCCCUGGCAAAGCGAACUCCGCAAACGCGCAAUGGACGCGUACAACGAAACCAGUAUGGAGGAGGUCCACGCGCACAUCAUCUAUGACUCUAUCCUGUACAACUCGCCCGAUCCCCGCGCAGCGGCGCUGCACGCGCUGGACCCCCGGGACGCACCGUCGCCCCCAGGCUGUCCUGGCGACGGGACCAUCGCCUCCAAACUCAGCCUGCCCGACGUCUGGGCCAAGUGGUUCCACCCCAACGAGAAAGGCCACAUGACCAUGGCCUCGUUCGCCAUGGACGCCAUUGUCAAGGGCCGCGCUGAGGUCCUGGGCCAGGGUGAGACUUGCAAUAUCCGCAAAGACGAGUUCAAGUGCUGGUCGGCCGACGGGUCCAGGGGAUACGUCCACCCUAAAGUCAUGGACGGCAACUUCCGCGACUUUUGCAGCACGCUCGACGCGCCCAAGAACGAGAUCAACUGGAAGCGGUCCAAGACGUACCAGACAGGCACACCAGACGAGGCGACCGUCUCUCUCGAGCUGGAUAACGGCGUGGGCUCCUUUGAUAAGGAGCUCUGCCUUAACUCGUUCAAUAAGAUUGUUAACGGGUGCGACGAGAAGACGGCCGACAACCCUAUGAUCUGGAAGUCUGGCGGUAAGUGGGUGCGCGGCGACUACACGUACCGCAUCGACGUUAAGCGCUCGAACCGCAAGUGGCCGUACUACAAGGAGCCCAUAGGCGACUGCAGGAGCGAGUACAAGUUCGUCCUCAACUCCAUCUUCAUCCACGGCGGCGGCUGGGCGACCGCCGACUUUGGCCAGGACACGCUCAAGAAGCGCGCGGGCGCGUGCAUCGGGUCCACCCCGACGUCGUGGAAGUUCUGGUACUACGACCAGCCGGACAAGGACGGCUACGAGUGGGCCGCCAGCUUUAACACGCCCGUCUUCACCCGCUCUCGGUGCUUCGACAAUGACAAGGUGCCCAACGAGUCGGGCGGGCAUGUCGGCGGCUGUGGUGGAACUGGCUAGAUGGGGCAGAGGGCGGAUGAGACAAGGUCCUGCCCCUUGCGAUGGUGUGGGCACUCCUCGUAAUCAGCUUCACACUGUCGAUAUGAAAAUGCAACUUCCUGGCCCUUAUGUUUUCGAAAAUUUGAGAUGAGACGCCUUCUCUUGCUUACGUGGUUGUUCUGUCAGGAAUAUCCGCGAAAGAUUCUGAAGACGUGUCGCGGUUCGCUUCUCACGGCUAUCCAGUUGCAUAUGCGUGGCUUCGCUGACCAUUGACUGACAAUCUUGCUACAAGGGGAUACUUUCGCCCUUGGUCACUCCUGGGUAAGGCCAGCGCUCAUUCGAUCAGCUCAUAUCGUCGAUCGCAUGACAGCCAGCAAUGCGGGAAACCCAUGCCGCCCCGUGGGGCCCAAGGAAUUCCGCGCCGAGGCGGUGAAACCAGAAGUGCACAUUCAGCGAACUGAAGCCAGGUUAUGCUCAGUCGCA